AUGACAAAUUUACGUUCCGUAUACUUCAAUCAACUCAAUGUAGCUAAUGAAACGCUGGUAAUACCAUCUGAAUUCUUUCGCUACAACAAACGUCUCGAAAAACUCACCAUCACUGAUUGCAACUUGCAAACUCUGCCUGAUUCAUUAUUCUGUGAUAAUCCUUACAUUCAGGUGAUUAACAUCUCACGAAAUUCCUUGCGAAAUCUCAAUUUUGAUGGAUCUUCCACACCAAAAUGUAACAACAAUGCAGAACAACUUAUAAUUUUUGAUUCAAGCUAUAAUAAAAUCCAAUUUAUUGCUGACAAUGAUUUAUCAAGAUUUGUUGCGAUUCGGCAGUUGCUAUUAGCACAUAAUCAAAUUGAUAAUAUCAAUCGCAAUGUUUUAAAAACUUGCACAUUACUGCAACAACUACAUAUCAAUAAUAAUUACAUCAAGGAAUUACCUAUUAUGCCAGAGACACUUAUCCAUCUCGAUGUUGCAUACAAUCGUCUAAGUAUUAUUCCAGCAACAAUAGCUAAUUUACCAAAUUUAUUAUUUCUGAAUAUAAGUGGCAAUGCUAUUGAUGCCAAUACUCCUUUUUCUAUGCAAGCUUCUACGCUGGAAAGUAUUGAUCUUAGUCGGAAUCGCUUUGAAGUUAUUCCGGAAAAUUUAUUCGCUAACAGUUGCGCAAGACUUCAACACUUAUUUAUGAGCAAUAAUCGCAUCACACAAUUGGAACCACGAAUUUUUCAAAAUUAUACAAAUUUAAUAACAGUAAGUUUUUCUUGGAGUUUUUAG